CACAGACACAAAGCCACUUCCCGAAGUUCCACUGACACUACUCUGAGAAAAGCUAACUUCUGUAAACAAAAAGAUACAGUACCUGUCUUCAGGCCAAGUGAAGGGAUGACACACCUACAUGAACUUUCCUCUUCUUUCCUGACCUGGAUUGUAGCAGUUGCUGGGGUUGUGGAGUAACACUCUUGGACAAAACUUGGACACACCUGGCAGGUGCUUCCUGUGAUAGCAAAGGGCAUGCCGUGCCUUAACAGCUAGGAUCAUCUCUUCAAUAAACAAAGUGCUUGGCUUAUGAAUACUGCCAUAGAAAUAUUGACAAAAUGCCAGAUGAAAACAGCACACCAAGAGUUGGCCACAGAAGUCGUGCAUCGCCUAAAACCAGGGAGGAACAGUUUCCUGAUACAAAGGAGAAAAAUGGACUAUUAUUUUGCAACGCUUGCAACUGUGUACUUGACCACAUAAAGAAGCAAUCAAUAGACAAACAUCUGGCUUCAGCCCGUCAUUUAGCAAAGAAGAAAGCUAAGAAUGAGGGCAAAGAAUUGGCCAAUGACAUUCAACCAGAGUAUCCUAACACAGUUUGGAGUGAAGACGUUCUCCGUUGCAAAACAUGCAAACGUGCUCUUGACCACACAUGGAAACCAUCAGUGAGCAGACACCUGACAGCCUGUAAAAGGAAAUCUGAAAAUAAGGAUGACAGGAAACCCGAAAGGAAAAGGUCCUCUUCACGUUUACAGGGGCAUGGAAAGCAUCUUGUAUUGGACACAGAUGAGGAUGCUGAACCUAUGGAAACUGCACAGCAAUCCAGUAACCCAACUACAAGAGGUGACCAUGUUCAGGAGGCAGUAGGAGAACACAGAGCAGCUCCUCUCUCGUUCCCAACCCCUCCCUCUCUCCUAAACCCCACUCCCAAACACUCUUCUCUUCAGCCCUCCCCUCAACUUCCCUCUACAUCUUCUCAAUCUAUCUGCCCCUUGACAGAAAGACCGACCCGGUCUCUUGAUCUGAGUGAGACAGAGAAGAGAAGAGAGGAGGACUACGAUGUAAAGACAAGGAGCACUCAGAGGAGAGAUGAGCAUGGCAAUGUCAACAGUGAAGCAACAUCCUUUGACCAAAGACCAGCCUCCAGUCACCAGCCUACCAUCACAGCUCAGAAUGAAAGCAUUGUAAAUGCCCCAGUGUUCUACCACUGCAAUGCAAGACGCAUCACUGUGCAGGUUCUGAACAAAGAGUGCCUACCACAGGCCCAACAAACCAGUCUCACACAUCAAGGGCAUGCAGCAGAUCAUGUCUCAACAGUCAUAAAGAAACACAAAGCAGAACUGCUGGAGAAAUAUAAACAUGUUUCUGAGGGUAUUGGAAAAGAAAGGGACCCAGAACUAUUCAACAAGAUCUACACAGAGCUCUACAUCACAACUGGAGAGAGUGAAAGAGUCAAUAGUGAACAUGAAGUGUCGCAGCUUGAGGAUACAUCCCAGCUAAAAGCAGACACAAUCAACUGCAAUGACAUCUUCAAACCCUUACUUGGAAAAGAGAAAGGAGAAGAGAGACCCAUCAAAACUGUGCUGACGAAGGGCAUCGCUGGCAUCGGAAAAACAUUCUCUGUGCAGAAGUUCAUCCUCGACUGGGCAGAAGGAAAAGCCAAUAAGGAUAUAGAUUUUAUCUAUGUCCUUCCUUUCAGGGAGCUGAAUUUGAUCCAAAGAUCUGACAGUGUUCAUAGUCUUCUGAGAAGCUUCCAUCCUGUUCUCAAAGAACUUGAUGGUCUGCUAUAUGAUACCUAUAAAGUAAUGAUCAUCUUUGAUGGUCUUGAUGAAUGCAGAUUUCAAUUGGAUUUCAAGAAUAACGAGACUUUGUUUAAAAUAACAGAUGAACAAUCAGUGGAUGUGUUGUUAACCAACAUCAUCAAGAGAAAUCUGCUUCCUAAAGCUCUCCUCUGGAUAACCUCCAGACCAGCAGCAGCCAAUCAGAUCCCCUGUAAGCACAUCGACCAGGUGACAGUAGUACGAGGGUUCAAUGAUGAACAGAAAGAAGAGUACUUCAGGAAGAAAGUCAAGGAUGAGAAGCUGGCCAGAAGUAUAAUCUCACAUGUGACCAUGUCAAGGAGUCUUCACAUCAUGUGCCAAAUACCCAUCUUCUGUUGGAUUGCUGCCAUGAUUCUUGGAGAAAUGCUCAGCAAAAAAGUCAGUGGAGUCCCUAAAACUCUGACUGCCAUGUACACACACUUGUUAGUCACCUUGACUGACUUGAAGGGCCAGACGAAUCACACAAAUCCACAGAAUGUCUUGAAACAAAACAGAUUGUUAAUUUUAAAACUUGGGCGCCUGGCCUUUAAUCAUCUGGGGGAGGUUCAAAUGUUUUAUGAAAAAGACCUGGUAGAAUGUGGCAUCACUGAUGAGGAACGGAAAGGAUCUCUAUACUCUGCAAUGUUCACAAAAAUCUUAAAAAGAGAGAAUGUGAUUUAUAGUAACACUGUGUACUAUUUUGUCCACCUAACCAUCCAGGAGUUUUUUGCAUCUCUUUUUGUGUUUCAUUGUUUCAUAAGCAAUGAAAUGAAUGAUCUGAAGUCUUUCAUCAAUGUCAAGUUCAGAGGUCGGCCUAAAGUGCAUACUUUCCUAGAAAGAGUGGUGAAUAAAGCUUCACAAAGUGAGAAUGGACAUCUGGACCUCUUAGUCCGCUUCCUUCAUGGCUUCUUAUUGGAGUCCAAUCAACGGCUUCUGGAAGGCCUACUGACAAGGUCGAAGAAUGCUGAAGCAAUGUCCGAAAGUGUUGAGGAAAUUAGGAAAUACCUCAAGUACAUGCCAACACAGGACAUCUCUCCUGAAAGAUGCAUUAACCUGUUUCACUGUUUGAUUGAAAUGGGAGACAAGUCAUUGAAUAAAGACAUUCAAGCAUACCUCUCACAUAAGGAUAAAAAGAAAAGUUCAGUUAAACUCACAGCAGAUCACUGCUCAGCGUUGGCCUCUGUGCUUCUAAAGUCAGGGGAGGAACUAGAUGAGAUUGACCUGAGGAAAUACAAAGCAUCAUGGGACAAGCGUAAUAGACUGGUCCCAGCUGUGAGAUGCUGCAGAAAGGCUUUACUUGCUGGCUGUAUACUCACAAAUGAGACUUGUGAAACAGUGGCCGAUGCACUAAGAUCCGCAAAUUCACCCUUGAAAGAACUGGACCUGAGUCAAAAUGACCUGCAGGAUUCAGGAGUGAAGCUGCUCUCUGCUGGACUGGGGGAUCCACACUGCAAACUAGAAAUACUGAGGCUGUCUGACUGUCGUGUCACAGAGGAUGGCUGUGCUUUUCUGGCUUCAGCUCUGACGUCAAACCCCUCCCACCUGAGAGAACUGGACCUGAGCUUCAAUCACCCAGGAGACUCCGGAGUGAAGCUGCUCUCUGCUAGACUGGAGGAUCCACACUGUAGACUGGAGAAACUCAAGCUAAAUCAAUGUUAUUUCACUGAGAAUUGAUGUGAAGCGUUGGCCUCAGCCUUCAGCUCAAACUCCUCUCCCCGGAGAGAGCUGGACUUGAGUCACAAUGACCUGCAGGAUUCAGGAGUGAAGCUGCUCUCUGCUGGACUGGGGGAUCCAAACUGCACAUUUGAGACUCUUAAGCUGUCAUUCUGUACAGUCACAGAGGAAGGCUGUGCUUUUCUGGCUUCAGCUCUGACGUCAAACCCCUCCCACCUGAGAGAACUGGACCUGAGCUUCAAUCACCCAGGAGACUCCGGAGUGAAGCUGCUCUCUGCUAGACUGAAAGAUCCACACUGUAGACUGGAGAAACUCAAUGUGAACCAUAAUGAAGAGUUCUGGGUAAAACCACAGCUGAUGAAGAAAUAUGCCUGUGAUCUCACACUGGACCCAAACACAGCACACAGAAACCUCUCUCUGUCUGAGGGGAACAAAAGGGUGAAGAAAGUUAAAAAGAAGCAGCCGCAUCCUGAUCACCGAGAGAGAUUUAAGUUGUAUCCCCAGGUGCUGUGUAGAGAGGGUCUGACUCAACGCUGUUACUGGGAGGUAGAGAAUGUGAUUGCUAGAAUAGCAGUGACAUAUAAAGGCAUCAUCAGAAAAGGUCUUGGCUCUCAGCUUGGAUACAAUGACAAGUCCUGGAGUCUGAUCUGCUGUGGGGAUAAUUACUCUGCCCUCCACAAUAAUGAAGAGACUGUUAUACCUACUCAGCCCCUCAUCAACCCUCCUCAACCCCAGAGAGACCAGUCCUCCUCCCCCCCACCCCCCAGAGUAGGAGUGUUUCUAGACUGGCCGGCCGGCACUCUGUCCUUCUACGAGGUCUACUCUGACACGAUGACCCACCUGCACACAUUCCAGACCACAUUCACUGAGCCCCUCUACCCAGGGUUUGGGGUUUGGAAUGAGGGCACUUCAGUGUCCCUGUGCCAGGUAGAGUAGCUUCCUACAGGGGAUAAUCAUGAAUGAAUCGUGAAUAAUGAUGAAUGAGAAAGUUAGAGGCAUAAAUAUCAUAUCCACCCCCCC